AUGAAUGGGGCUGAGCUUGCAGGGGGUUUGCUGACUGCGCUGGGCAAGCUGGACAUGGAACCCUAUCUCUGGCAGGCCGACGCUUACCCGCAUUGCCAUCAAUGUGAUCAGCUGCAGUCGAGUUUCCGGGCUGCAUUAGCUGCUCCGUUAGCUGUUGGAGUUUCGGAUCCUCCACGCCUGACCCAGGUAAGGGACAAGGCCCUCGUUGCCACAAAGGCUGAUGUGAAGGGCUACAAUGACAAGCAGGUGGUCUCGUGGCUGGUGGUGACGUCUCUUUCGGGGAUGAACGGUCCCGGACUGGUGAUGGCCAGCGAAAUCACCUUUGCCGACAUUGCACAAGAUGCGAAAUAUGCUGAACACGUCUUUGAUGGUGUUUGGGUCUACAACCUGCUGACACGGCUUCCUUGCGGGUACAUCCCUGAUGCGCAGCAGCUUGGUAAUGUCUCUCUUGGAGACGGUCCACAAAAGCGAUGCAUUCCAGUUCUCUUCGGAGAAAGUGGCUCAGGCAAAACGGUGCAAGCACUGUUCGCGCCAGCCCUCAAGAUGCUGACCGAAGACUGCGGCGUUGUAAGGGUUUUCGCCUGCAGCCUUCCUGACGCUAGUGAGCAUCUCGACAAAGUCAGGGAAGCCAGUCGGGAGAAUCGCACUGCUGUGCGUGCGGAGUGGUGCCAGAAGUUCGUGAUGCAAGAGUUCAAGGAGCGGCUGAAGAAUGCGUUUCCUAAUCACGGCGAUUUGGUUCGAGGCUGGCUGGAAGAUGAGCAGCGAAACAGUUCUGCUCUGGGCUCUGUGGUGUUUGUGAUCGACGAAAUCACGAAAUGUCCUGAGCUGGCGAAGGGCAUUGCCGCAUGUCAAGAUGACAUCUACAAAGAGCUGAAUCUUUAUUGCGACUCUCCACAACUGGUGAUGGCCAGCACCUCCGCGGCACGUGUUCUUGAGCCUGGUCCAAGCCUCGACUACUCUAGCGACCCAAGCAAGGUGUGCUUGGUUCCUGUUGGCCAAGUUAAGGAGCGCAGCUUUCUGGACAGCUUAAUCGC